UCUGAAAACAAAGCCCCAACAUUAAGGAAUGGUGCACUCAUAAAAACAAUUGAAGGCCAAACUAAAAAUAUAACAAUAUCCUCGAUCGAUCGAUCGGAAGAGAAAUUACUAAUUAAUUAAAAUGUUGGGAAGCUCAUGGAUAGCCCCAUUAAUGGUGAUUGUGGAAUGCAUGGUGGCCGGAUCAAACACUCUAAGCAAAGUCGCCAUGACACAAGGAAUGAACGACUUCGUUUUCGUCACCUAUUUCGAUGGCCUCGCCUUCCUCUUCCUUCUUCCCACAGCCUUCAUCUAUCACAGAACCAAAGCCUGUCCUGAAAUCACUUUCCCCAUCGUAUGUAGAAUCUUCCUUCUUGGUAUUAUCAGUUGUUGUUUCCAGCUGUUUUUGUAUUUUGGUAUUGGAUACAGUUCUCCGACCCUGGCCUCGGCCAUGAAAUGUCUUGGCCCAGCUUUCACCUACAUCCUUGCGGUUAUUUUCAGAAUGGAAAGAGUGGAUUGGAGGGAAAAGAGCAGCAAAGUGAAAUUAUUGGGCACAAUAAUAUCAAUAACAGGAGCUUACAUUGUGACAUUUUACCAAGGCCCGCCAGUUCUUUCUUCGUUAAUUCAUUUCUCAAGUUGGAUUCUUGGUGGCUUUCUCCUUGUCACAGCUACCUUCUUUCUUUCACUCGAAUAUAUAGCCCAGACAUGGAUCAUAAAAGUUUAUCCUUCUGAGACCAUGGUAACUCUCAUUAGCGCCGGGUUCAUGACAAUUAUAUCUUCUGUGGUCGCUCUUGUUAUGGAAGGAACUUCGAAUGCGUGGAAGAUUAAUUCCGGGAUGGAAUUAAUAGCCAUCGCUUAUAAUGCGAUUUUUGUGGUAGCGGUUAGAACGAUAGUGUAUACAUGGGCAUGUAGCAUGAAAGGGCCGGUUUUAGUGGCCAUGUUUAAGCCGCUUGGUAUAGCGUUUGCGGCACUAAUGGGAGUCGCCUUCCUAGGGGAUGCUCUUCACAUUGGAAACAUAAUUGGAACUGGGACUAUAGCUCUUGGGCUAUACUCAGUUGUGAAAGGGAAGUCAAUGGAAGCAGAGGAAAAGAGUAGAAUAGGCAGCAGCACCCUUCCUCCUCUUUCACACUUAAUUGAUAAUAAUGACCAAGUCCCUUUCUUAGUGUCUAGAAAUAAUGUUCAACCAUAAAAAUUUCUCAUCAUUAUCAUAUUUCAUUACAUUUUAAUUUAUUAAAUAAGAUGGGAAUUAUGAAUUGCAAGAUUUC